CUUCAGUUUCUGUGUAGCGCUCGGGAAUGAAUCUUGAUACUGGCCGGAGGCAUUCCACGUCAAUGUCGGCGUAGACCUAUCUUGUGUUAGUGUUCUGUCUUGAAGUGUAUGUUUGUGGGGAAGGAAUUUGCUUACACCGCCCUCAGCGUACAUGAUGAGGUAUCGGAGCAGAUCGGCUUUGAUGAUGGUGAUGUUGAUUUGUUUGUACAGGUCGACGAUAUCUGGUCGGUUGAAACCAUGCACUCCAUAGUGCCAUUGCACGUAUUGCAAGGCAUUGUCGUCCGUCAACACCUCGUACCUAUAGUCUGGGUUCUUCGCCCCCCACGUCUUCGCAGUGUCGGAGUCGCGUUGUUCGAAUUGAAGCGGGCCAAUCUUCCAUGUUUGCCAUAUCUUCCUUGGAAUCACCGAGUCCCUAGCCGUUUGUAACGGCUUUUGAUACUUCAAUUCCCGUCUGUACUUAUGCGCAGCUCGAAUGGGAGUGGCGAAGAAAUGUGAGUUGGCGAAGAAGAUGAUCAAGACGACGAGCACAAGUUCAGUCCCUCGGCUCCAUAAUUCCCUAAUCUCCACAUGCGACCUCGGAGGGGCUUCCAGCAUGAC